CUCCGUGUAGACACUACAAUUUUAAGAAUUACAAAGAGAAUCUCUCAAAGCGGGGAAAUUCACCAUCACUGUGCUUACUUCAACAGCUAUUCAGGAUGUGAAGAUGAUGAGGAAAACAUAGCAGUGGUGCUCUAAUGAUCUUCCUAGGCCAUCGUUCCGACCCUCUAGAAUGUUCCUGAAGAGCGUGCCUCCAGCGGUGGCAAUUCACUCAGACUGGAGAAGCGUUGGCAGUGUUAGCAGUGUCGGAGGUGGCGCGCCCCAGAGCCUGGGCCUGCCACUGUGCUUCAAUGACUCAGACAGCAGCCUGUCAAGUAGCGGCACGCCCAUACACCAAAAGGUCCAGAUGAUCAUCGAGACCCUCCGGACCACCCAGUCGUCCGUCGACACGAGCGACGGGGGCCAGAUGGAAGGGACGGGGUCUUCUGCACACUCGAGCCGGGAGUCGUUACGGCAACCAGGACACAAGAUGAAGACGGGCCCCAGUGGUUCUAGAGGUGGGGCAACAAUGGACUGCAGACCACCUUCGCCACUUCCAUGCACAAAGCCUGAGCGUCAAGACUCCGACACUGACAGUGACAGUUCAGUGGAUCGUGGGAUCGAGGAGGCCAUCCAGGAGUACCUGAAGGAGAAGGUGGACCAUAAGCGCAAGGCAGAACCUUCUCCAGUCAGAACCAGCCCAGCAGCCAAGCUCCCACGUCGAGACACUGUGGUCACAGCAGAUAACUCCCAUCCACAAUCAUGCUCUGACGGCAACAAGGUGCUCACAGCCAGCAAUCAUAUCCUGAAGAAUUCUAAAGGAGGCGUUACCCCAGUAGCAAACCUGAAGAAGAAGCUCAAGAAGAAGAGACCAAGUAAGGAGAAUCCUGUAAAGAAACCAGCUGUGACCAUGCUGUCAUUUUUAAAGAAACUGCCAUCACUUGACCAAAGAGGGGCGUCCUCUACUCUCCCCCACCCAGACAAAGCGCAGCCCUCCCUGGUCGUUAAAACAGAAGAGCUCUUAGAUGCCAGUAGCAGUAGUGACGAUGGCAUCGAGGAGGAGAUCCAGCGCUACCAGCAGCAGAAGAACCGGGAGCAGCUUCAGCUGUCCAGGCCUCAGAUUAAGAAGGAGGAUUCUGACUCCAGCAGCGACGAUGGCAUAGAGGAAGCCAUCCGCCGCUUCCAGCAAGAGAAGAAGCAGAAGGAGAUAGUUCCCCAGAAGAAGAAAAAGAGUACAGUUAAGCAGUCGCAGCUCAAAAAUGCAACCCCGGGGGCCAAGGUGGGUCUCCUCAAUACAGACAGAACAGAAAUUAUGUCGGGCAAAAAGGCAUCAAAACCUACAACCCCUGGACCCACAAAGAGGAAAAAGAAGGAGAAACCUAGGACAGAUGGGAAGUUGUCAGUGCCUGGCUUCUCCCCUGACAGACCUGCAUCCCUAGGCAGUCCCUCCUCAGAUGGGCUCAACGCCAGAGGCCCUGUCGCUCCCCCCAGCAGACUGGAGCCUACCCCAGUGCCUAUGCUAAAAGUUAACACAACAGCUGAGCUCAUGUGUGCCGAAGCCAUCUUGGACAUCUCCAAGGCUGUGAUGCCUAUAACCUUUGACCCCAGCCCACACCCCCUGGAUCCCACACUCCUUGUGCACUCCACAGCCCCCCCGCUGUCUUCUAAGGACCCGAGUGAUGCAGAGAGCUCUGUGGAUAGUGAGGAUGGGAUAGAGCUGGAAAUCCGAAAGUUCCUGGAGCAGAAAGCUCAAAUGCAGAAGGAGACACCAGCUGCGCCAGCAACAACCCAAGAACCGCCUAAAACAACAUUGAGGCCCAAGCCUCCAACUGAAUCGGAGAAAGGUGAUCAAAGUGAGGACAAAAGCAGUUCAUUAGACAGUGAUGAGGACCUUGAUGCCGCCAUCAAAGACCUGCUGAAAACAAAGAAAAGGGUAAAAAGAAAGAUGAAGAAAGCCCCUACAAAGCCAGUGGUCACCUCCUCCACAACACAGCCCUCCAAAAAACACAAACCCCCCACUGAUCCCAAUGUCAAGACCGCCAAGUCAGGCCUGUCUAAGGGAGGGAAAAAGAAAAGUAGUCAGGUCAAAAAUAAGAAUCCCCAUCAGGCUGUAAGGAGCCCCCAGGACAUAAAGCAGGAGAACAAAAGCAAAUCUCCAAGUCCACAGGCCAAACCACCACGUCUGGACACAACUGAGGGUGGCGGUGCAGGAACUGGUAUCCCAGACUGUCUGACCUCCAAGGAGCGGGAAGAGGACAGUAGCUCAGUUGACAGCGACGACAGCAUUGAGCAGGAGAUCCGCAAAUUCUUAGCAGAGAGAGCUAACGGAGGGGGUGGGAACACCAGCAAGACCACCAUCACCACCCCCACCUCCUCCUCCACCCCCACUGCUGCAGUGAAGACUGAGGAGACAGAGGGAAAACAUCAGGACCAGAACCACAGCAAGGCCAUCUCCCCUCCUAGGGCCUUCAAGUUGGAAGAUCAGCAGGCUGAAAUUCCUUUAGACUUGGGAAUGCCAUGCCCGGAUGCACAACAGGGAGUUUGGCAAAAACCAGACGGCAGCAGGGAGAGCCAGGCAACUGUGGAAAUUCCUGCCCGGGAUAGACUCUCCCACAGCAUGGCAACAAGCUGUAAGGGAGAGAGGAAGAGAGGCUUUGAGGAGAGACGCGUGCUCAACGUUGGGUCCCCUCCCGGAGACAAACCUCACUUGCACCCUGACUGUGACGUGCCCAACAGCAGAACACACACCCUCACACACACACCCAGUAGAACACACGGUGUCAUCAGACACUUACCCAACAGAACACAAACCCCCAGCAGCCCGAACGAGAUUCCUCCCACACAGACAACCCCUUGUCCAGCACGCACUAAUAACCCCGGCACAGCCAGUCUCCCAGGACUCAACCAGAGCAGCCGUCCGAGCAUAUCGGACUCGUGUGGUAGAAACACUGUUUGUUCAACGUCUUUACCCCCGGUCACCUUCUACCGAAGUUCCAUGGAGACCCCCGUCAGCAGAGACAGUCUAGGACCACAUGUUGGCGCCCCAGACAGUCGUUUGCAGGGAGGUGGGAAACGUGGACGAUGGGACCAGCCCCCAGCACUCCAAGCCCAGCAGCCCGGUGGAUGCACCCUGCUGAAGAACCAGGGGGUCUUGCAGGGGCAGUCAGCCCAGCAGGCCAGCUGUUCACAAGCCAGAGGCAGACAGGAGAGAGAGGGAAAAAAGGAGGGAGGAGAGAGGGAAGGACAGACUGAAGUGAGAAAGGUGACGAGAGAGGAAGAGCUUGUAGAUGAGACAGACCUGGAUUCAGAGGAGGAGGAGAGGAGACAUGGAGAGAGGCAGAGGGAGGGUAGGCAGCAAAGGUUCCCCAGUGUGUCACUGGAACGCACCAUAGAUCCAGGGAUCGUGCUUAGCCCUUACAUUAUCCUUAGCACAGAGGAAAGGAGCCGCAAGGCCUGCAAGGUCCAAAUACAGGUCAGGUACCCAACAAAUGCAGGCUUGUGAAGAGGAAGCUCCAGUUUGUGGUCUGUACCACCAAGAGGGAGGCCACAGAAAAGUGAAGUUCUGUUUCCAAAGGAAGGUACCCUGUUACGGCCCUGUUAAGUCAGUUUUGACCUCUUGAAUCUUAAAAUAUUUUUGUGUUUGUUUUAAUUACAUUUAUAGUAAUGUUGUUGAGUUUGUCUAUUUGUUGUAUUUGUAUUUGUACUGUAUUUUGUACCAUGCACUUGUAGGCCUACGUUCAAAACUCAGAUGUAUUAUUCAUUUAUGAUUAUGUAAUGCACAGGUUGGGUGAAUUAAGGCACAAUGAUGGUUUUAAUAUUGAGUUCGUUUCCACUUUCUAA